AUUGGACAGAGAGGUUCAAAAUGUGGCAAACUACUCUGGGUUAUCUUCACCAUAGCAUGUCAGAUAGCAGCAGUAGUUUGGGUAGCAAUCAUUCUAACAAGAUACCUACAAUACAAGACAAUGGAUAGAAUAAAGGUGACUAAUGAUUAUCAAGUUGAAUUCCCAUCUGUGACAGUAUGUCCAUUGAACCGUUCUCCAAUGUCAAUCUUAGAGCAAUGGAUGAUGGAUUAUUAUACGCCAAACUCUGAACUUUCAAAAAUUGAUAAGUACUAUAAUUUAUUGUCCAAACUGAGUAGAUAUUUAAUAGAAAGAGAAACAAUUGAAGAUGGGGAAAUGCAGAGACUCGCAUCCAAAUAUAAUCAGCUCAACUCAUAUCGUGGAUAUCUAGAAAAUAUACCAUAUCUUUGGAAUUAUGGACACAAACAAAACGAUCUUCUACCAGGGUGUAUGUACAAAAAGAAACCAUGCGUUGAUGGAAGUUUUGAGAGAAUCUUUCUUCAAUCCUCCCAAAACUGUUAUACAUACAAUGGAGCUUCAUUUAAUGAUAUGUAUGUUACUACUCAGGGAAUGGAAGGAGGACUGUCUUUGGUUAUUUUCCUUGAUAUGGGUUCAAUAUUUAGAUCAUUGUACAACCCUUACGAUGCGUACGAUGCAUCAUCAGGAGCAAGAAUAAUCAUUCAUAAGAAGGGCACAAUACCAGACCCUGAAAAUGAGGGAUUUAACAUUGAACCUGGUCGUACAAUAAAUGUUGCACUAUCAGUGAAUCGCCGUGAGCUGAUGAAACAGCCUUGGGGACGAUGCGAGGAUCAAUUUUCUUUAGGCAUUGGCAAGUUUAAAUACAGUAAGAAUGCAUGUAGGCAAAAAUGCAGGGAAGACCUCAUCCGUGAAGCUUGUGGAUGUGUAUAUGAGACAUUACCAAUGUUAAAUGUGACACUGGCAAGAGAUGAAGUGUUAUGUGGUAAGAUUAAUACCGAUGAAUGGUUGAAGACAAAUCCUAAUAUAACUAUUCUGAGAAAUGAUCUCGAUAGGCUUGAGUGUUUGGAGAAAUACUUGAACUAUACAUGGAGAGAAAUUUCAGAGGAACAAGGAUGUGAGUGCAGAGAAAAUUGCACCACUCACUCAUACAAUAUUGAAACAUCACAAGCAGUUUGGCCAAUAAAAGGAUCUGAAAGUGAAUUUUACUGCCGUCAAAUUCUGAUGUUAACCCCCAAUUACGUCAACACGUCAAUUUACAGAAGAUUUCAUGAGAGAGCAUCAGAUAGUUGUUUUAACGAGAGUCAAGGAAGAGAUGUUGGGGAUGAACUUAGAGACAACUUUAUCAGACUCAACAUUUAUUUUAAAGAUCUUGAUACUAGAGUUACAGUUCAAGAUGAAGAUUUUUCAUUUUGGUCAAUGCUGUGUGAAGUUGGUGGCAUUCUUGGAUUUUUCAUCGGAGUCUCAAUAAUAUCAAUUGCCGAAUUCACGCUCUUUUUUCUCAAUUUCCUAAAAUACGUCACUUUGAAAAGAUCAAAAGGAAAUAACCAUGUGUAUUCCGAAAACAAUGAAAUAGAUCACAAAGAAAAAUACUGAAACAUUCACAGGACUAAACAUAUCAAGGGCACAGUUUUUUAAUUACACGACAAUGUCACAAUUUCAAUUUGGGCUUUAAAAGAACAAACCCAGGUUACAACACAUGACAAUGUUAAUGACAUCCCACCUUUCAAAUGUACAAAGCAAAUCUAUUUGGUGUUGUAUGCAUAUUUUAUAUUAUUAAAGCUAACUUGAAAUGAUUUUACACACAUGUAGUGGCCAUUUCUGCCAUGACACCUUUCUAAAGACAGAUCUUUUACGACUAAUCACAGUUCAGCAAAAUAAUGCCAGGAUAGGACAUCACUGUAUUUUGUUUGUCAAUUUAACUAAAAAGUUUACAUGUAUCUACAACUUUUGUUUCCUCUUUCCUGUAUCCAACAUAACAUUGGUGGCAUUCUUGGAUUUUUCAUUGGAGUCUCAAUAAUAUCAAUUGUCGAGUUCACGCUUUUUUUUCUGAAUUGCCUAAAAUAUGUCACUUUGAAAAGAUCAAAAGGAAAUAACUAUGUAUACUCCGAAAACAAUGAAAUAGAUCACAAAGAGAAAUACUGAAACAUUCAUAGGACUAAACAUUUAUAAAGGGCACAGUUAAUUAUUUAUACGACAAUGUUAAAAUUUCAAUUUGGGAUUUAAAAGAACAAACACAGGUUACAACACAUGACAAUGUAAAUAAAUGACAUUCCUCCUUCCAAAUGUACAAAGCAAAUCUAUUUGGUGUUGUAUGCAUAUUUUAUAUUAUAACAUGUAUAUACAUUUUUCGUCUAUCAUUAAAAUUUAACUUGAAAUGAUUUGACACAAAUGUUGUGGCCAUAUCUGCCAUGGCACCUCUCUUAAGACAGAUAUUUUAUGACUGAUCUCAGUAAAGCAAAAUAAUGUCAUGGGACAUCAAUGUAUUUUGUUUGUCAUUUUCAGGUUGUUAAAAAAACGCGACCUGAAGAAAUCACAAUAUCUUGAAAAAUACUGGUUAAAUUGUGUUAAUUUUUUCAUGAAAGAAAGAGGAGACUGAAAAAAUGAACACAAUUGAAUGUGUCUUUUCAAGAUAUAGCAAUUUUUCUAAUACUAAUGUCUUUUGAGCAGGUGUCGAAGACAUCAUAUUUUACAACUAACAAACAAAGGGAUCUAUACAUCCACAGUCUAUUCUUUCUUUCCUGAAAAAAUGAACACAAUAGACGUUUCCGAUAAAUCGUGCCAUCUUUUGAUCCAUCAGAGAAACCACAAUAUAUUGGCUAGAUUGAUGAUGUCAUAGGUUGUACUUUUAUAAAAUUAGCAAAAAGUGAAUACCAUUUUUGAAUGGGC